AUGGCUGAUAUCCGGCUCCAGGCCGUGGUUGCAGAGCUGAGCGACUCGGAACCGUGCUUGGUUCUGGUGUCCCUAGAGGGGCUGCUGCCGGAUGCUGCCUCACCUGACUGGGCGAUGAUCGCCUGGACUCCUGCUGACGCGCCGGUGAAGCUUCGGAUGCUUUGCGCAUCGUCCCGCAGAACCCUUCGUGAGGAGUUUGCCGACUUCAGCUUCAGGGAGUACAACGCGACGGAGCGAUCAGAGGUCACGCUGGCACAGUAUGUCGAAAGCACGCGGGACCGGACGGAAGAUGAUCGUCAUGCGGCCAUGACGCGGGAUGAGAUCGACCAGGAAGAGGUGAGGAAGCAG